AUGUUGGCAACCGCACGUGCUCUCAUCUCUCAUCAAUCAGGUUCGUCUCAUCGUAUCAGAGUUCUCAUUGAUCCGGGAUCAGAGCUUACUCUGAUUUCUCAGGCUGCUGUUCGCACUUGCAGUCUCAUCUCUCAGCCUUGCCAUAUACCUCUACAAGGAGUCGGCAAUAUUCCAUCAGAAGAUGUUCUCACGUUUACUGGCAAAACUUCUCAGACUCUCAGCAUCACCAAACGUACUAUCACCUCAGAGGCAGCUCAAUUAUUUGACCUUCUGGAUUUAAUCUCACCAGUAAUCGUCAAGGCAAAAAUUCUCAUCCAGGACCUUUGGUUACAAAAGGUCGACUGGGACGAUGCACUCUCACCAGAGCUAGUUCACCGAUGGAAGACUUUCCGAGAUGAACUUCCUCAACUAUCUCAACUCAGAAUUCCUCGAUGGAUCAAUCUCAUUCCAAACUCAUCAAGCAUCGAGAUUCACGGGUUUUCUGACUCACUUCAAGCUGCAAUGUCUGCAGUAAUAUAUCUCAGAGUCUGUCGACCUGGCGAACAGGCUCUCAUCUCUCUCAUUUGCUCAAAAACCAAGGUUUCACCACUCAAACGGCUUACUAUUCCUCGACUCAAACUCUCAGCUGCAUUAUUGUUCCCAAAGCUUGCAUCUCAUGUCUCAGCAACGCUUCAACUAGCUCAUGCUCCGGCCUACCUUUGGACUGAUUCAUCCACUACACUAGCCUGGGUGACCAGUGAACCGACAAGAUGGAAGAAAUUCGUCAAAAAUCGAGUUGAAGCAAUCCAGCAACAUUCUCCAGAUGCACAGUGGAGAUACAUCUCAGGAAAGCAAAACCCUGCUGACUGUGCUUCCGGGGGUCUCACCGCGUCUCAACUCAUCAAUCAUCAGUUAUGGUGGUCAGGACCCAGCUGGCUAGCUGAUCCUCCCACUCAAUGGCCAUCUCAUCAAGUUCUCAGUCCAACAUCAGAUGAAACAGAGCAAGUAAACUCAGAAAUGAGACCUUGCCAGUCUCACGUCUCAACAAGUCAACCUCUCAUGCCGCUAUCAUCUCUCAUUCACUCAUGGACUACUCUCACAGCUCUUCUACGUCGCACAGCAACAGUUUUUAGAGCCAUCUCAUGCUUCAAGAAAAUACCUGGUUCAAAACUCAGCAUCUCACUUCUCACUCCUGCUGAACUACAAGCAGCUCUAGUCCAUUGGAUUAAAAUGACCCAGCAGGAAUAUUUCUCAUCAAAAAUCUCAUCACUAUCUCAAGGUACAGCUCUCAAGAAAUCUCAUUGCUUCACCCAACUCACUGCAUUCAUCGACUAA